UUUUACAGCCAAAGGGAAAACAAGAAAAUUUUUUCCCAACAAUAAUUGCUAUGUCUAUUUCUUCCUAUUUGUAAUUUGAAAUUUCCAAGGAAAUUUGUAUCAAACCACAGGAGCAAAUGAUCCAUGAAUAGGAUGACCAUUGCUUAUCUGGCCAAUACUCAGAAUGGUGGUUAUAUAACAAGUGGCAUUUUGUCACUUCUGCCUACUUUAGAGUUCACCCCAGUAUAGCUUCAAGGAUUUUUCAGCACAACCAGGGAUAUGAAGAAUCCUACACAUUAAGCUUACUUCUGGAGUUCAUCACUAUCAAAGGAAAGUCGUUGAGAGUCCAGACCAUCUCACCUUGAUCUGAAGCAGUCCAACUGCAUCAACAAUGACAACCGAAGCUGAACUAUCAGAAUCUAGCUCUGCAAUGAAAAUAGAAGGGGAAACCAAAGAGCUGAAAAGUGGCCAUCUUGAAACAACUGUACAUGAAUCUUCCUUAGGAAAACUGCAGAAAGUUGAAGGUGGUCUUGUCACACUAUCUGAGAUUGUUGGAAACUCCACAACCAUGGAAGACUCGGAAGCAGCUCCGAAUGAUAAGAAUGAACUUAUGAGUCCCAGUAUUGAAGGCAAUUUUGGUCUUCCUGAGGGUGAAAGUUUUUUGGUAUCACCCUCACUUCCCAAGGUUGCUUCAAAAGAAACCUGCAGAGCAUCUGACAUUGGUGAGACUGAUGAAGAACUGAUAGGAAAGGAAGGGUUGGAGAAUGGAAUACAACUGCAGAAAGAUCAAAGUGUUGCUGAGGAAGAUAAGCAUGACAUUCCAGAAUUAGAAAAGAAUCUGGAGUCAGUUGAUCCAACUGGGAAGACUGGAUGCCCAGAAAUAGAGAGAAGAAGAGAGAAUGUGGAUAAUUCAUCUAUUACACAUCUAUUGAUUAAAGAAAACGCAGAAUCAAGUCAUGAAGUCCCCAAUCUUGAUUCAGGGAAACAAGUUUGUCAAGAAAAUGUAGCUCCUCAAGAAAAGCACAUUGAAGCACAGAGGAAAAGCAUGAAGGAAACAAUUUCAGAACAGGAGGAAAUUGCAGACAGGAUGCUGGCAGUGGGUUUGAACUUACAAACAAGUGGAUUGGAAGUUCAAGAACCUGAAAAAUCUGGUGCAUUGCACAUUGAGGAGAAACUGGAGGUCAAGGAUACCAGUGAUAACAUGGAAGUAGAGAUGGCAAAGCAAGGAACUUCUGGGAUAGGCUUGCAUAAAAUUGAAACAGAAUGCAAGAUAAUUGAGAAGAGAAUUGAGGUGGAUGGUUCCACUACAAAGCAAAGUACUAUAUUUGUUAGAAACGAAACAGUUGACUAUUAUGGCCAAGAAUACGAAGACAACAGUCUGGCGAAAUCACACCGUGAUAUGAAUGGUGCAGAUCAGAAUUACAAAACAGAUGAUGCUGAGACUAUUGAGCAUGCAGUCAUAAAUGGAGAGGUGCCUGAGCAACCUAAGAAAGUUGGUCCAGAUGGCACCGAGCAACAGGUCAUAAAUGAAGAAGGCACUUUUAAGGACCUCUUGAUGGAAUUUACCAGGGAAGAAACAGUUACAGAGAGCUCUACAGAAGACAAAAAGGAGCCCAGUGAAGAGGUUGAAGUUGCAUUUGUUAAGCAGGUAAAUGAGGGACCUGGAACAACUAGUGGUGGUAAGAACACAAAGGAAGCGAUAAUGGAGGAGAAUAACACUGUUAAGGACCAUUCUGCUGCUCUUGUAAAGGGGGGCAAGAUGUCUGGGGAACUUGGCAUGGAUAGUUUGGGAAAGCACUAUGAGGAGCAGAUUGCAGAGGAAGAUAGCACUGUUGAGGACACUUCCAAGGUAUCUACUGAAGAAGCAGUUAGAGAAAGUUCUUGGGAAGAUGAAAUGGAGGUUAAAGACUAUGGCUUAGAACCCACAGAACAGAACUUUGAAGCAACAGGUUGCAUAAAGGAGACAGAAAUGAUGACUUCAAAAAAUGAAGGGAACCCAAAUAAUAAGCCUAAUACUUCUUGUGUUACAGAAAUGGAAACACUAAAGAAAGAAAAAAAUAGCAAUCAUGUGGGGUCUGAAGAGCCACUUAAGGAGGAAUUACAGAAUGCAGAAAACCCUGAAGAAAAGUUGGAAGGUGCUUGCAAUCUUGCUCCAAGUGAGAAGAUUCUAGUUACAGAUGAGAUGAAUUCAACUAGCUCAGAAAGUCCACGAGUCAAUUAUGUGAAAAUUAAGGAAACCUCCAACAUAGGUGAAAAUGUGUGUGAGGAGAUUUGUGGAGCAGAACUAAAUAAAGGUGAAGGUGAACAGAAUAGAAUUAAGUGUGAAAUACCAGUGGGAGCAACUGAUACAGUUUCAGGACUUGAAGACCUGGGUACCAAAACAACUAGUGAAGAAGAAAUUACUUAUGGUAAAGCUCCCAUAGAUGACAAAGUAGAAGAAAAUGAUCAUGGACCUUCAACACUGGCAUCACAAGAACAGGAACUGAAAUCAAUUAAAAGCAAGGAUACAGAAGAUGAGAUUUCAACAAUAAUUGAAGCUCAAGGUGAGAACCUGGAAACCCCUUUAAAUGCAAGCAUGGAAGAAGCCAAGAUGUCAGAGGACAUUCGUGAAAUGCAAUCUGAAAAUGUUGGGAAGGAGAGUCCAAAGGAAGAGCUCCAAGAAGAUGAUGAAAAUUAUAUCAUUGAAUUGAAAGAUGAAACAACCAUAGAGAGGGAAAGAACUACUGAAUGUACAAAGACAACUGAGAAUAUCAAACCAGAAAUUUUGAAAAAUGAGGAAAUUUUGGAGGCAAACUCGCAGGACAAAUUAGAUGAUGAGGAGCCAUUUGUUGAAUUGUCCACAGAUCAUCAAAAACCUGGUGUAUGUGCAAACAUUGGAAAGGAUGUAUUAAACAUGGAACAAGAGAAGGCAACUAUUAAAGAACUUGAUGAAAGCAUCCAUGAAGAAGGAAAAGAAGGUGAUGAGGUUGACAAUGUCUCAGCUACAUUGGAGCAGAAUCCUGGAAAUAUUGAUCCGAUAGAGAAGCUUGAAGGAGCCUCCAAAUCAGUGACCAAAGAUCAAAGACAUGUCACAGUCCUAGAAACCAAAGAGACCAAAAUUCAGGAAGAUAAUAUGACUGACAAGGACCUUAAUACUACUGCACCUAUUGAAGAUCAAGCAUUUACUCAAAGCUUUCAAGAAGAUGAAAAAGAAAGCAUGAAUCUUGAGGACAAAAGGCCCAAAUUAGAGACAGAAGAUCACAAUGAGAAAACAAAGAAUGCAAAGGAGACCAUCAAGAACAUUCUUUCAAAUAAAGAUGAAGAGGUUAGUCAAGGAGAACACAGAACUGAUGCAUGUGAAAGUAUUGAAAAACAUAUUAAAGAGGAAGAAGAUGCUACCAAGGAAAUCAACUCAAGAUCACAUGGAAAUGAAAUAGUUGAAGCCAGCUCAAAUGUGAUGGACUUUGAUCUUGCAUUGACUAAGCUCAUAAUCAAAGAAUCCGAUGCAGUUACUGAUGACAGCAUAGAUGCAAUGACCUUAAAUGGCAAAGUACUGAACAAGAACCUUGAAUCUUCACCUCUAAUAGAACCAUCAAAAGAAGAAACAGGAGAAACAGAAAGUAGUGAGAAGCAAAUGAACAUCCCUUUUUUGGUGUCUGAGGUGUCUGAAGACAUAAUUAGAGAGGGGUUUGAACAACCUAAGAUAGUUGAUGCAAGUGAGGAAUCAAAAAAACAGGUCAUAGAUGAAGAAGGCAUUGCUAUCACCCUCUCCAUGGAAUCAACUAAAGAAGAAGCAGUUGAAGAAAUCUCUCAGGAAGCCAAAGAGACCAUAGGAGAGGCACAUGAGGAACUUGCAACCAGUGAAGGUGAGACCACCAAGAAAAUGAUUGUUGAGUUAAGUAGUGCGGUUGAGGACCACUCCAUAGUAACUUCUAAAGAAAGCUCUCAGGAAGAUGAGAAACAUGGGAUACUAUGGACAGACAGUGAGGGUGAGGUCAAAGAAAAACAGAUCACAGAGAACGAUAGCAUCACUGAAAACAGCUCUGAAGUACCCAUAGAAGAAGACACAGCUAAAGAGAGCUUUCAAGAAGAGGAAAAAGAGGCCAAGAAACCUGAAAAUGUUCAAGAAAUUGAAUUAGUUUCCACAGAGCAUAACAUUGAAAUAACAAGUCAUACAGAGGAGAUAGAGAUGAUGACAACUUCAAUCAAUGAGGAAGAAAUACUGCAGAAACAAAAGAGAGAGUAUUUGGAGAGCAAAGAGAAGCUUGUCUUGUGUGGGGAGAAAAUCAAAGUGGAUUUAGAGAAAGAAGAGAACACAAGUAAACAACUCAAUACAGAAACUAUUGCUGCGGUGACAGAAGGGUCAAGAUUGCAGGAAGCUGAACAAGGAUAUAUACAAGGUGCUUCUGACUCUGAUUCUGAAGAUAAAAAUAGAAUAACAAUUGAAACAAAAUCAAGUAGCUUGCAGAGCCUACAUGUUGAACAUGUGAACCUGGAGAAGAAAGCCAAUUUAAAUGUGAAUGCAGGCAAGGAGAUUCUAGAAGCAUCUGAAAAACUGGAAACAGAUGAAUGCGAACAGAGAAUUAAGUAUGAAAUGCAGGUGAGAGCUUCUGAUACAGUACCAAGUUUUGAAAUCCAGGUUAUUGAAAUAACCAUUCAAACAGAAAAGAUUGCUGCUAAAUUUCCCUUAGAUGACAAAUGGGAAGAGAGGCUUCAUGAAUCUUCUACAUCAUCAACCAAAGGAAAGGAGUUCAAGUCAAUUGAAACAAGCAAGGAUAUAAAAGAUGAGGAUCCAAUAGAAAAUGAAACCCAAGAUAAAAACCCGGAAAACUCUUUAUUUUCCAGCACUAUGGAAGAGAUGUCCACAAGGAAAGAGGAGUUGAAAAUGCUUGAGGAAGUCCAUCAAAUGCAGUCCGAAGGUAUUAAAACAACUAGUGAAAAAGAGAUUAAUUAUGGUAAAGCUCCCUUAGAUGAAAAAAUAGAAGAGAAUGUUCAAGAAUCUUCUGCACUGGCAUCACAAGAAUGGGAGUUCAAAUCAAUUGAAAGAAGUGGGGAUACAAAGGAUGAGAAUCCAACAAUAAAUGAAGCCCAGAGCAAGAAUGUGGAAACUCCUUUCAAUGAAAGCACAAUAGAGACCAAAGUUUCUGAGGUCAUUCUGGAAAUACAUUCUGAAGAUAUUGGGAAGGAGAGUUCAAAUGAAGAGCUCCAGGAAGACACAGGUGAAAAGGAUGUCCAGGUGAAAAAGAUGAGUCCAAAUGAAGAGUUCAAAAAAACUAAAUGUACAGAACCCACUAAAAAUAUCAAACCAGAAGCAAUGAAACAUGAGGAAAUUUUGGAGGCAAUCUCAGAGGACAAAUUAUAUGGUCAGAAUCCAUUUGUCAAAUUGCCAGAAGAUCUUGAAAAACCUGGUGUAUGUUCAAACACUGAAAAGGAUGUCCAGGACUUGGAGCAAGAGAAGGAAACUAUUAAAAAGCUUGAUGAAAUAAUCGAGGAAGAUGGAAAAGAAGGUGAUCAAGUUGAGAACUUUAUGGCUAUAUUGGAGCAGAAUCCUGGAGAUGUUGAUUCAGGUGAGAUGCUUAAAGGGGCCUCUAAUCCAGUGACUAAAGAUCAAAGUUACAUCAUGAUCCCUGACACUAAAGACACCAAUACUCAAGAAAAUCAUAUGGCAGCAAAGGACCAUAAUACUGCAUCUGUCGAAGAGCAAAUGGUUACUCAAAGCUUUCAAGAAGAUGAAAAAAGAAGCAGGAAUUCUGAGGACAAAGGUGCCAAAAUGGACAUAGAAGAUCACACUGAGAAAACAGAGAAUACAAAUGAGGCCAUCAGGAACAUUCCUUCAAAUGAAGAUGAAGAGGUGACUCAAGAAGAAGACAGAGCAGAUGCAAGUAAGAACACUGAAAAACCCAUUAUAGAUGAAGAGAACACUGCUAUGGAACUAAAUACAAUAUCACUUGGAGAUCAAACAGUUGAGGUCAGCUCAAAUGUGAGGGAUUGUGAUCUUGCAUCCAAUAAGCUCAUAACCAAAGAAUCACAUGGAACUGCUGAUGACAGCAUGCAGACAAUGGAUGAGGAAGAACUGAAUAAAAACCCUGAAUCUUCUGUUAUGGAAUUCCCACAAGAAGAAACAAUAGAAAAAGAAAGCAGUGAGAAGCACAUGAAUGUCUCCUCUUUGGUGCCUGAGGAGUCUGAAGAAAAGAUAAUAGAGGAGUGUGAAGAACAUAAGAUGGUUGAUGUUGAUCCAAGUGAGGAAACCAGACAACAGGUCAUGGAUGAAGAAGGCAUUGUUAUCACACUCUCCAUGGAAUCAAUGGAUGAGGCAGCCAAAGAAAUCUCUCAGGAAGUGAAAAAGGAAACAAUAGGAGAGGCACAUCAGGAAUUUGCAACCAGUGAAGGUGAAGCCACCAAGAAAAUGGUUGUUGAGGAAAGUAGUGCUGUUAAGGACCACUCCACAUUACCUGUCAAAGAAAGCCAUCAGAAAGAUGAGAAGUAUGGUGUACUACAGACAGUGAGUGCAGGUGAGGACACAGAAGAGAUUAUACAGAAUGAUGGCACUGUUGAAGACAGCUCUAAAGUGGCCCCUGGAGAAGAAACAGCUAAAGAGAGCUUUCAGGAAGACGAAAUAGAGGUUGAGAGACAUGAAAAAGCUAAGGGCUUUGAAAAAGUAUCCACAAAGACGAACACUGGAGCAACAAGUUACAGAGAGAAGAUAGAAAUGAUGGAGCCUUCAAAAAAUGAGGAAGAGAUACUGCACAAACAAAAGAAAGAGGAUUUGGACAGCAACGAGAAGAUUGUUGUGUCCGAAGAGCAUAUUAAAGAAGAUUUAGAGAAAGAAGAGAACAAAGAUAAAAUCCUUGACAUAGCAACCAUGACUGUGGUGACAGAAGGGGCAAAAUUGCAAGAAGAUGAACACAAGAUGCUAGGUGUUUUAGAUUCUUCUUUCAAAGGUAAAAACCUAGCAGCAAUUGAAACGAACUCAACUAGCUUACAAAGUCUAUGUGUUGAACACAUGAACCUGGAGAACACAAUCAAUUUAAGUGUGCACACAGACAAGGGGAUUCUUGAGACAACAGAAAAAGUGAAUACAGAUGAAGAUGAACAGAAAAUGAAGAUGGGAACUUUUGAUACAGUACCAGGUUUUGAAGAGCAGAUCAUUGAAACAACUACUCAUACAGAGAUUACUAGGAGUAGAGAUCAACUAGAGAACAAAAUGGAAGAGAAGCUUCAUGGAUAUUAUACAUUAUUAUCCACAGAAAAGGAGCUCAAGUCAAAUGGAACAGGCAAGGAUGAAAAGGAUGAUGCUCCAGUAGAAACUAAAAUGCAAGAUAAGAAGAAAAUGCAGUCUUCUACACUGGCAUCACAAGAGGUCCAAAUGCAGUCUGAGAUUAGUAAAACAGAGGUCACUUCUGGUAAAAUUCCCUUAGAUGACAAAAUAGAAGAAAAUGUUCAUGAGUCUUCUACACUGGCAUCACAAGAACAGGAGCUCAACCCAAUUGAAAGAAGUGAUGAUAUAAAAGAUGAGACUCCAAAGAUAAAUAAAGCUCAAGAUGAGAACCUGGAAAACCCUUACAGUGGUAACAUGACAGAGAGCAAGAUGUCUGAGGAUAUCCUUGAAAUGAAGUCUGAAGAUGUAAGAAAGGAGAACUUAAGUGAAGAAAAGAAUCAUGGAGAUGUUGAUUCCGGUGAGAAGCUUGAACAGGCCUCCAAAACAGUGGCUCAAAAUCUAAGUCAUGUCACAAUCCCUGAAACCAAAUUGACCAAAAUUCAGGAAGAUAUUAUAGUUGACAAGGACCAUGAUACUGCACCUGUUGAGGAUGAAAUGGUUACUCAAAGCUUUCAAGGAGAUGAAAGAGAAAGUAUGAAUCUUGAAGAGAAAGGAUUCACAUUGGAGACAGAUCACACCAAGAAAACAGAUAACACAGAUGAGACCAUCCAGAACAUUCUCUCAAAUGAAGAUGAAGAGGUCACUCAGGGAGAAGGCAGAGCUGUUGCCAGUGAGAAUAUUGAAAAACAGAAUAUGGAGGACAAUAAUUCUACUAAGGAAGUCAACAUAACAUCAUGUGGAGAUAAAAAAGUUGAGGUCACGGACACAAUGACCAACUGUGAUCUUGUAUCUACUGAGCUCAUAAUCAAAGAACCAGAUGCAGCUGCUGAUGAUGACACGGACACAAUGACCUUAAAGGAGUUUGAACAACCUAAGAUAGUAGAUGCAAGUCAGGAAAACAAAAAACAGGUGAUAGAUGAAGAAGGCGCUUUGAUCACACUCUCCAUUGAAUCAACUGGAGAAGAAGCAGUUAAAGAAACAUCUCAAGAAGCCAAACCAGAGAGCAUAGAAGAGGCACAUGAGGAACAUGCAAGCAGUGAAGAAAAAGUUAAAGAGAUUAAAGAAGGAAAAACUGCACCUGGUGGACAGGUAAAUGAGGGAUUUGUAACAACCAGUAAUGGUGAGAACACAAAGGAAGGAGUAGUGGAGGGGAAUAGCAACAUCAAAGACCAUUUUGCUGCCCCUGUUAAAAUGAUCUGUCAGGGAGACAAGGUUGAAGCUCCAUCCGAUAUGCAUAUGUCUGAAGAACUUGACACAAAUAGUGCAGGAAUGCAGUUUGAGAAGCAGAUUGCAGAGGAAGAGGGCUCUAUGGAAGCAGGAAAGCUCAAUAUAAGGGUUAAAGAGGAGCUAGAACUUGCACAACAGAACAUUGAAGAAACAGGGUGCAGAGUGGAAACAGAAGAAGCAAGCUCACAGGAAGUUGAACCUGAAGAAGGGAAUCUGGGAGUUGUUUAUAGUCUUGCUUCUGAAGAGAAUAUUCCAGAAAUAGCUGAGAUGAAUUCAACUAGCAUGGGAAGUCUAGAAGUCAAAUAUGUGGAAGUUAGAGAUAUGUCCAAUUUAGGCAAGAAUGUGAUGGAGAUUCUUGGAGCAGGACAACUAGAUGAGGGUGCAGGUGGGCAGAACAUAAAAAAGUGUGAAACAGUAAUGGAAGCAACAAAUACACAACCAGGAUUUCAAGACAAGGGUAUCGAAACAACCAAAGAAACAGAGAUACAUUUUGGUAAACCUCAAUUAGAGGACAAAACAGAUGAAAAUGUUCAAGAAAUUCCUACACUGGCACCAGAACAACAGGAGCUCAAACCAAUUGAAAGAAGCGAGAAAAGAAAAGAUGAGACUCCAAAAAUUAAUAAAGCCCAAGAUGAGAAUCUCGAAAGCCCAUUCAAUGCUAACAUGAUAGGGCCCAACAUGUCAGAGGACAUCCUUGAAAUGCAGUCUGAAAAUACAAGGAACAAGAGUUCAAAUGAAGAGAAUACUCCUGGAGAUGUUGACUCAGGUGAGAAGAUUGAACAGGUCCCUGAAUCAAUAUCUGAAGAUGCAAGUCAUGUCAAAGUCCCUGAAACCAAACAGACCAAAAUUCAGGAAGAUAAUCUGAUUGCCAGGGACCACAAUACUGCAUUUAUUGAAGAUCAAAUAGUUCCUCAAAGCUUUCAAGGAGAAGAAAAAGAAAACAUGAAUCUUGAAGACAAAGGACCCAUUUUGGAGACAGAAGAUAUGACCAAGAUACCAGAGAAUGCAAAUGAGACUAACAAGAAAAUUCUUUCAGAUGAAGAUGAAGAGGUGGCUCGAGGAGAAGACAAAGUCUAUGCAAGAGAGAAUAAUGAAAAACAGAAUAUGGAGGAAGAGGACACUGCUAAGAAACUCGAUUCCAUAUCACUUGGAGAUGAAACACUUGAGGUGAGCAACUGUGAUCUUUUAUCAACUAAGGUCAUAAUCAAAGAUUCAGAAGCAGCUGCUGAUUACAGCACAGACACAACGACCUUUAAGGAUGAGGAAAAACUGAGCAAAGACUCCAAAUCUUCUAUUCUUACAAAGCCACCAAAAGAAGAAAAAAGAGAAAAAGAAAGUAAUGAGAAGAACAUGAAUGUCAGCUCUUGGGCGUCUGAGGAGUCUGAAAAAAAGGUUAAAGAGGAGUAUGAACAACUUAAGAUGGUUGAUGCAAGUGAGGAAAUUGAAGAACAGGUAAUAGAUAAAGAAGGCCUUACUAUUACCCUCUCCAGGGAAUCCAAUGGAGAAGAAGUAAUUGAAGAAAUCUCUCAGGAAGCCCAAAAGGGCAACAUAGGAAAGGAGGCCCAUGAGGAACUUGCAAGCAGUGAAGAAACAGCUAAAGAGAGCUUUUCAGAACACAAAAUGGUGCUACAUGGAGAGGUACAAGAGGUAACAGUAACAACCAAUAAUGGUGAGAACACAGAGGAAAGAACAGUUGAGGGACAUAGUACCUUUAAGGGCCACUCUAUUGCCUCUAUUAAAGAUAUAUGUGAGGGAGACAAGGUUCAAGCAUCAUCCAUUAUUCAGAUGACUGGGGAACUUAACACAGAUGGUGCAGAAAAGAACUCUAAGAAGCAGAAUGCAAAGAAAGAUGGCACUGUUGAAGAAACCUCCAAGGAAGACGGAAUGGAGACAAGAAAUCACAAUGUUAAAGGGGAGUUAGAACUUGCACAACAAAAAAUUGACGCAACAGGGAGUAGAGAGGAGACAAAAGAAGCAACCUCACAACCGGAUGAAGGUGCAUGUGGACAGAAGAUAACAAAGUCUGAAAAGCCAGUGGGUACAACUAAUGAAGUAUCAGAGUUGGAUGACAAGAGGAAUGAAAAGACCAUUGAAACAGAGAUCAAUUCUAGUAAAUUGCCCUUAGAUGACAAAACUAAUGAAAAUGUUCAAGAAGCUUCUAUGAUAGCAUUGCAAGAACAGGAGUUCAAACCAAUUGAAGGAAAUGAGGAAACAAAAGACGAGACUCCAGAAAUAAAUGAAGCCCAAUAUGAGAACCUGGAAGUCCCUGACAAUGCUAAUACAAGAGUGACCAAGAUGUCUGAUGACAUCCUUGGAAUGCAGUUAGAAGAUAUGGGAAAGCAGAGCACAAAUGAAGAGCUGAAUCCAAGAAAAUUUGAUUCAGUUAAGAAGCUUCAACAGGCCUCCGAACCAACGGAUGAAGAUCAAAGUUGUCCCACAGUCCUAGAAAUGAAAGAGACCACAGUUCAGGAAGAUAUUGUGGAUGCCAAGGGCCAUAAUAAUACUGCAUCUAUUGAAGAUCAAAUGGCUACUCAUAGAUUCCAAGGGGAUGAAAAAGAAAGUAUGAAUCUUGAAGAGAAAGAACCCACAAUGGAGACAGAAGAGCACACCGAAGAAAAAGGGAAAGCAAAUGACACCAUCAAAAACAUUCUUUCAAAUGAAGAUGAAGAGGUUAUUCAAGGAGAAGACAUGGCUGAUGCAAGUGAGAAUAUUGAAAAACAUAUUACUGACAAAGAAAGCGCUGCUAAUGAACUCGACUUCAUAUCACUUGGAGUUGGAACAGUUGAGGCGAGGGACGGUGAUUUUGUAUCCACUAUGCUCCUAAUCAAAGAAUCAGAUGCAGCAGCUGAUGAAAGCACAGAUACAGUCACCUUAAAGGACAAGGAAGAACUGAACAAAAACCCUGAAUCUCCUCUUACAGAACAAUCAAAAGAGGAAACAAGAGACAAAGAAAGCAGUGAGAAGCAUAAAAGUGUCUCCCCUUUGAUGCAUGAGUUUGAAGAAAAGACUAAAGAGGAGUCUGAACAACUUAAGAUAGUUGAUGCAAGUGAGGAAUUCAAAAAACAGGUGGAAGAUGAAGAAGAUACCAUUAUCACCCUCUCUGAGCAAUCAACCAGAGAAGCAGAAGUUAAAGAAAUCUCUCAAGAAUCCAAAGUGGAGAUCAUAGGAGAGGCAUAUGAGGAACUCGCAAACAGUGAAGAAACAAUUAAAGAGAGAUUUCCAGAAGACAACAUGGCACCUAAUAGAAAGGUAUAUGAGGGACUAGCAACAACCAGUAAUGAUGAGAACACAGAGGAAGGAACAGUGGAUGGGAAUAGCACCUCUGAGGACCAAUUCGUUGCCACUGUUAAAGAGAUCUGUCAAGGAGACAAGGUUCAAACUUCAUCUUUUAUGCAAAUAUCUAGAGACCUCGGCAAAGAUAGUGCAGAAAAGGACUCUAAGGAGAAAGUUGCAAAGGAAGAUGACAAUGUUGAAGACAUCUCCACCAUAACCAUUGAAGAAGAAGCAUUUAAAGAAAGAUCUAAGCAAGACAGAAUGGAGGCAGUAAAACACAGUCUAGAGGUUAUAAAGAAUAUGGAAGCCAUGCAACAGAUUGGAGCAACAUGGUGCAAAGAGGAGACAGAAGAAGCAACCUCACAAAAAGUUGAACUAGAAGAAGAUAAGCUUGAAGUUACUUGCAAUCUUGCUUCUGAAGAGAACAUUCCAGAAACAUAUGAGAUGAAUUCAAGUAGCUUGGGAAGUACUCAAGACAAAAAUGUAAAGGUUAAAGAAAGCUUCAACAUAGAAGAGAAUGUAGGAGAGGAGAUUCAAGGAGCAGAACAACUUGAUGAAGGUGAAAAUGGACAGAACAUAACAAAGUCUGAAAAGCCAGUAGGAGCAACUAAUACAGAAACAGAAUUGGAUGAUAAAAAUAAUGUCAAGACCAGUGAAACAAAGAUCAAUUCUUGUAAAUUUCCCUUAGAUGAAAAAACUAAUGAAAAUGUUCAAGAAUCUCCCAAAAUGGUGUCACAAGAACAGAAGUUCAAACCAAUUGAAAGAAACGAGGAAACAGGAGAUCAGACUCCAGAAAUAAAUAAAGCCCAAGAUGAGAACCUGGAAACCCCUGACAGUGCUAAUACAAGAGAGCCCAAGAUGUCUGAUGACAUCCUUGGAAUGAAGUUAGAAGAUAUGGAAAAGCAGAGCACAAAUGAAGAGCAGAAUCCAAGAGAAUCCGAUUCAGGUAAGAAGGUUCAACAAGCCUCUGAACCAAUGGGUGAAGAUCUAAGUUGUUCCAUGGUCCCAAAAACGAAAGAGACCACAAUUCAGGAAGAUAUUGUGGUUGCCAAGGACCAUGAUACUGUAUCUAUUGAAGAUCAAAUGGCUACUCAUAGCUUUCAAGGAGAUGAAAAAGAAAUCAUGAGUCUUAAUGAGAAAGGACCCACAUUGGAGACGGAAGAUCACAUCAAGAAAAAACAGAAUGUAACUGAGACCGUCAAGAACAUUUUUUCAAAUGAAAAUGAAGAGGUGAUUGAAAGAGAAGACAGAGCUAAUGCAAGUUGGAAUAUUGAAAAACAUAUCAUGGACGAAGAAAACACUGCUAACAAACUUGAUUCCAUAUCACCUGGAGAUGAAGCAGUUGACAUCAACUCAAAUGAUGUGAGGGACUGUGACCUUGUAUCUACUAAGCUUGUAGUCAAAGAAUCAGAUGCAGCUUCUGAAGACAGCACAGAAGCAAUGAGCUUAAAGGAUGAGGAAGAAGUGGACAAAAACCCUAAAGAAACAGUUUACAUCAGCUCAAAUGUAAAUAUUGCAACACAGGUGAGGGACAGUGAUCUUGUAUCCACUAAGAUUGUAGUCAAAUCAGAUGCAGCUGCUGAUGACAGCACAGACACAAUGAGCUUAAAGGAUGAGGAAAAAGUCAACAAAAACCAUGAAUCAUCUCCUCUUACAGAGCAAUCAAAAGAAGAAACAAGAGAAAAAGAAAGCAGCAAGAAGCAAAUGAGUCUCUCCUCUUUGGUGCCUAAGGAGUCUGAAGCAAAAAAUAAAGAGGAGUUUGAACAACUUAAGAUAGUUGAUGCAAGUGAGCAAACCGAAAAACAGGUGGUAGAUGAAGAAGGCACCAUUAUCUCCCUCCCUGAGGAGUCAAUUGGAGAAGCAGCAGUUGAAGAAAUCCUUCAAGAAUCCAAAUUGGAGGGCAUAGGGGAGGCACUUGAGGAACCCGCAAGCAGUGAAGAAACAGCUAAAGAGAGCUUUACAGAAGACAAAUUGGCACCUGAUGGAAAGGUAAACGAGGGACUGCCAGCAAUCAAUAAUGUGGAGAACACAAAGGAAAGAAUAGUGGAGGGGAAUAGCAACAUCAAGGACCAAUCUACUGCCCCUGAUAAAGAGAUCAAUCAGGGAGACAAGGUUCAAGCUUCGACUAUUAUGCAAGUAUCUGGAGACCUUGACAAAGAUAGUGCAGAAAAGAACUUUGAGAAGCAGAUCACAAAGGAAGAUGGCACUGUUGAAAAUACCUCCAUCAUAUCCACUGAAGAAGAAGCACUUAAAGAAAAAUCUAAGCAAGGCAGAAGGGAGGAAGGAAAGCACAGUGUAGAGGUUAAAGAGAAUGAGUUAGAACCUGCACAACAGAACAUUGAAGUAACAGGGUGCAGAGAGGAGACAAAAGAAGCAACACCACAGGAAGUUGAACCAGAAGAAGAAGAGCUCAAUGUUGCUUACAAGCUUGCUUCUCAAGAGAAUAUUCCAGAAACAGCUGAGAUGAACCCAAGUAGCUCAGAAAGCCCAGAAGACAAAUAUGUAAAAGCUAUGAACAUCUCCUACUUAGAUGAGACUAUGGGAGAGGACAUUCAAGGAGCUGAACAACUGGAUGAAGGUGAAGAUGGACAGAAUAUAACAAAAUCUGAAACGCUAAUGGGAGCAACUAAUACAGCAUCAAAAUUGAAUGAUAAGAGUAAUGAAAAGAUCAAUGAAACAGAGAACACUUCUGGUAAGUCACCCUUAGAUGACAAAAUUAAUGAAAUUGUUCAAGAAUCUUCUUUGAUGGCAUCACAAGAACAGGAUCUCAAACCAAUUGAAGGAAACAACGAGACAAAAGAUGAGACUCCAGAAAUAAAUAAAGCCCAAGAUGAUAAUUUGGAAACCCCUGACAAUGCUACUACGAGAGAGUCCAAGAUGUCUGAGGACAUCCUUGGAAUGCAAUCAGAGGAUAUGGGAAAAGAGAGCACAAAUGAAGAACAGAAUCCAAGAGAAGUUGAUUCAGGUAACAAGCUCCAACAGGCCUCCAAACCAAUGGAUGAAGAUCAAAGUUGUGCCACAUUCCUAGAGACCACAAUUCAAGAAGAUAUUGUGGAUGCCAAGGACCAUAAUAAUACUGCAUCUAUUGAAGAUCAAAUGGCUACUUAUAGCUUUCAAGGGGAUGAAGAAGAAAGCAUGAGUCUUGAAGAGAAAGAACCCACACUAGAGAUAGAAAGUCACACUGAUAAAACAAAGAAUGCAACUGAGACCAUCAAGGGAAUCCUUUUAAAUGAAGAUGAAGAGGUGACACAAGGAGAAGACAGAGGUGAUGCAAGUGAGAAUAUUGAAAAAUAUAUUAUGGACACAGAAAACACUGCUAAACAACUUGAUUCAAUAUCACUUGGAGAUGAAACAUUUGAUGUGAGGGACUGUAAUCUUGUAUCCACUAAGCUCAUAGUCAAAGAAUCAGAUGCAAUUUCUGAUGACAGAACAGACACAAUGAGCUUCAAGGAUGAGGAAGAAUUGAACAAAAACCCUAAAUCUUACCCUCUUACAGAACAAUCAAAAGAAGAAACCAGAGAAAAAGAAAGCAGCGAGAAGCCCAUGAGUGUCUCAUCUUUGAUGCCAAAGGAGUCUGAAGAAAAGACUAAAGAGGAGUGUGAGGAACUUAAGAUAGUUGUUGCAAGUCAGGAAACUGAAAAACAGAUGCUAGAUGAAGAAGGCACCAUUAUCACCCUCUCUAAGGAAUCAAGUGCAGAAGAUGCAGUUCAAGAAAUAUCUCAAGAAGCCAAAACGGAGAACAUAGGAGAGGCACAUGAGGAACCUGCAAACAGUGAAGGUAAGGCCACCAAGAAAAUGAUUGUUAAGGAAAGCAGUGCUGUUAAGGACCACUCCACAGUAACUGUUAAAGAAAGCUCUCAGGAAGUUGACAAGCAUGUGGUACUAUCAACAGACAGUUCAGGUGAGAAAACAGAAAAGCAUAUCAUAGACAAUGAAGUCACCAAUGACACCUCUGAAGUACCUACAGAGGAAGAAACAGAUAAAAAGGGCUUUCAUGAAUAUGAAGAAGAGGCCAAAAAACCUGAAAAUGUUCAGGAAUUUGAAUUAGAAGCCACAGAGCAGAACUUUGAAGCAACAAGUGACACAGAGCAGACAGAGAUAAUAGCAACUUCAAUGAAUGAGGAAGAACUGCAGAAACAAAACAGAGAGGAUUUGGAGAGAAGCAAGAAGCUUGUCAUGUGUGAGGAGCAGAUUGAAGAGGAUUUAGGGAAAGAAGAGAACAAAAAUAAAAAAAUAGAUAUGGCAACCAUCACCAUGGUGAAAGAAGGGUCAAACUUGCAGGAAGCCGAACAAGGAAAUAUGUAUGGUGCUUCUGACUCUGAUUCUGAAGAUAAAAAUAGAACAACAAUUGAAACAAAGUCAACUAGCCCAGAGAACCAACAUGUUGGACAUGUGAACCUGGAGAAGACAACCAAUUUAAGUUUGAACAUAGACAAGGAGAUCCUAGCAGCAGAAGAAAAUCUUGAUACAGAUGAAGGUGAACAGAGGAUAAAGUGUGAAACACAGGAAGGAGCUUCUGAUAUGGUACCGCUUUUUGAAAACCAGGUUAUUGAAAUGACUGCUCAAACAGAGAACACUGCUAGUAAAGUUCUCUCAGAUGACACAUUGGAAGAGAAGUUUCAUGAAUCUUCUGUAUCAGAAAUGAAAGAAAAGGCACUCAAGUCAAUGAAAACGAGUCAGGGUAUAAAUGAUGAGGUUCCAAUAGAAAAUGAAGCCCAAGAUAUGAACCUGGAAACCACUUUAUUUUGCAACACUACAGAAGAUAUGUACACACAGAAAGAGGAGCCCAAGAAGCUUGAGGAAUUCAUUCAAAAGAAGACUCAGGAUAUUGAGAAGGAUAGUUCAAAAGAAGGGCUUCAGGAAGAUGGGGGCAUAAAGCUAAACAGACCCACUGAACUAGAUUCUGAAGAGUGUAUCUCUGAGUUUAAAAAUGAUGCUAUUCAAGAGAUGGAGAGAACUAAUGAAUGCACUGAGCCUAGUGCUUAUAGACAGCCAGAAAUACAAAAAGAUGAGGAGAGUUUGGUGGAAAGCUUAGAGAAGGACAAAUCAGAUGGUGGACAGCCAUUGGAUGAAGCACCUGAAGAUCUUGAGAAAACUGAUCUGACUGCAAACAUUGAAAAGGAUAUCAUACACUUGGAGAAAGAGGAUGAUCAUGUUAAGAAUGUUGAAGAAAGUUUUGAGAACAUUCCCGGUGAAGGUGACCUUGAGCACAUAAUUAUGUCAAGGACAGGAAAUGACGGUGAUGAAAUAAAAGAGGCUUCUGAUAGUGCAAAAAAUGAAAGUAAUCUGGAAGAGCAGAAUUUUGGAGAUGAUGAUCCAUGUGAGAAGAUUGAAGGGGCCUAUGAAUCACUGCCUGGAGAUCAAGGCAACCAGAUAUUCCCCAGAAAUGGUGAGGACUGUGAGGUUAAGGUCCACAAUACUGUGUGCUUCAAAGAUCAAGUUGUUAACCAAAACUUUCAAGCAGAUGAAAAGGUUACCAUGAUUCUUGAGGAAACAGGAGCCAAUUUGGAGGCAGAAGAUCGCACCAAGAAAACAGAAGAUGCAAAAGAGACCAUGAUGGAUGGCAUCUUAAAUGACAGUGAUAAGAUGCCUGAGGGAAAUGACAAUGCUGAUGCAAGUGAGAGCACUGAGAAACAGACAUCUCUUGGGGAUGGAGUACUUCAUGAGAUCACUAAAGAAAAUGAUGAGAAGACAGAAGCAAUAAACUUGAAGGAUGAGGAAGUUCCAAUUAACAAGCCUGAAGCUUCUCCUAUUACAGAACUAUUAGAAGAAAAGAUAACACAAAAACAAAGUACUGAGAAGUUUGCAGAUGGGUCAUUGUUGGUCUCUGGUGUGUAUGAAGGAACAAUUAAAGAGGAGAUUUUGGAGGGAGCAGAGAAAAGUAAUGAAAAGCUUGAUGAUGCAUCUGUUAUGACAAUAACAGAAGAGACAAGUUUAGAGAAGAGUGAAUCAGAAGCUGAGAGGACUGUAGAGGCCUCUGGUGUUGGUUCUCAAGAGAAGAUCUCAGAAACAGUUGAAAAAAAUGAAACUAGUUUACAGCAUGGAGAAAUCAAAAGUGUGAAGCUUGAUGAAAACUCCAAUCCUGUGCAACCAGUUCUCACCAUUGAAGCUAUGGAUGCAGAAAAGGAGGAUGUCAUUGUGGAAAACCUGGUUGCAGAUGAAGUUGAAGAAACCAACAGGUUUUCUGAUAGAGUAUCUGAGUCCAAUGAUCAAGGUGUUGAGGUAAUUGCUGAACCUCAAAGCACAACUGAGACUAGCCCACAGUGUGAAAUCAGAAGAGUGGAGUCCAAUGAAAACCCCAACCCUGUACCUUGGCUACAGUCUAAAGAAGCCAACAGUGUGAAGUCUGAUGAGAACUCCAAUCCAUUGCCUCCACUACAUCAUGAGGAAGCCAAAAUUUUGGAGAAUGAUCAGAAAUCCAAUCUUGUGACUCCACUUUCAACCAUUGAGGGUAAGGAUGACAAAAAGGAGUAUCUUCUAGUGGAAAACAUGGGCGAAGAUAAAGUCAAAGAAGAAAUAAGCAAGUCUUCUGAUACAGUAUCCCAAUCCAAAGAUCAAGGUUUUGAAACAAUUACCGAAUCUGAGAUCACAGUUGAUCAGACUCCCUUAGCUGAUGAAUCAGAAGCAAAGCUUCAGGAUCCAUACGCAUUUGUUUUGGAACCGGAGGUUGCAAUGGCAACCUCAAUUGAGAAAAUAAAAGACAAGAUGUUUAAGGAAUAUGAAACCAUGGAAGAGAAGAGUUCAGAUUUUCCUUUUAUCAUGGAGACAUCAAAAGAGACAAGCUUUCAGAAAAAAGAGAUCAGGGAUCCUGAAGUAGUGUUGACAGUGGGAAUUGAAGGUACAGAGAAUCAGAGCUUAAUUGAAAAGAUGUGCUUGCAGAGAGAAGAGCCCAGGAAACUUGCACAAGCAUAUAAAAAGGGGCUCGAAGACAUAAUGGAGAGUCCAAACACAGAAUCCGAGGAAAAAGUAGUCCAGAAGCUGGACAAAUCUUUGAAAAUAGACAUUGAAAAACAAUUUUUUGAGACAAAAGAUGCUCAUUCACUCUUGGAGAGGGAAAAAAUUACAGUAGUGAAUGAACCCAGUGAAUGUAGUGAACAUCAGACUCCGAAGGAUGAGGAAACCUUGGAAUCAAACUCACAGAAGGAAGAAUCAGAACGCCAGAAGCUUGAAAAUACCUUCAGUGAAGUUUUUGAGGGACCUGAAACAGGUGGUGUAAGAGCAGACACUGAAAGAGGUAUCCUGGAGAAAGAUGGCUGCAAUGAGAACUUUGAAGAACACUCUGAGGAAGAGAGAAAGAAUCAGAAUUUGGAUGCAAUCGAUCCGCACGAAAAGAUUAAUACUGCAGAACUAGAGAUCACAAAUGAGAACCUCAACCUUGAGAAGCUUGAAAAGAUUUCUCAAUCUGUCCCCAAAAUCCAGAUUGAUCAAAUACUUGCCAACACAGAGAAAAACAAAAAUAAGGAAGAUGGAGUCCAUGUCAUAGACCAGAGUACUGUAUUGGUUGAAGAAAGUCAGCAUCUUGAGAAGGCUGAACAAGAUCAGUGUGAGGAAGAAAAUGAAGUAAAUGACAUUGCAAGAGGAGAGGAAGAGGUGUCUGAAAUGAUUGAGGAUCACACUCCAAGUGAGAAGGUUGCAGAAUGGAUACCUGAAGAAAAGGGAGUAUUAGAGGACCAACACCCUUCGUGUGUCACUAAAGAAGUGGCUAAAGAGGAUAAUCAAGAAGGAAAAGAAGAGGUAAAGAAGGUUGAAGAGGAUGCAACUGCAUUGGAGCAUGAAGAUCAGAUUAAAGAAUUGGAAGGUGUAGAAGAUCAUAAAGAGAAAAUAAAUGAAGUAAGACUAACAUGCGAAAAUUCCAAGGAAGAGGCAUCCAAGGAACUUGAGGAUGUGAACGCAAGUGAGAACACUAGAAAAGUGAUUGCAAAGGAAAAGAGAGCUGUCCUGGACUCUUACCUAGUUCCUCUGGGAGAAAAGAUAUGUAAAGAGAUGCACGAUGAAAAGGAGGAAGAACAUGUUCUAAAGGUGGCAAUUAAAUUGGAUCACAAAGAUCAGACUUACAACGUGGAGAUUGAAGACGAACUAAGAAAGAAACUAGAUGAAGCAAAUGAGAGUGCAAAGUGUGAAACAUUAAAUGAAGAGGUGUGUUAUGAAAUUAACAAUGCUAAAGCAAACGAAAAAAUUGAAAAGAAGAUUAAGGUGGAAGAGCAAGCUCUUAAGGAAACUUCCAUAGCUUUCAGUGAAAAUGAAACAAUCAGAAGCCAACAAGAGGAUGAAAAAGAGGGCAAGAAGAUUCAGGAUGCAACUAAAUUGGCCUCUGGAGAUAAGAAUGAUGAAGAAAGAGGCAAAAAAGAUAUGACAGGCUACAGUAUUGCAAAUGAAGAGGUCAAAAGCUCUCACUUUAUAUUGGUGGAACAGAGGUUAGAAACUACAGGUUCUAUCAACCAGACAGGAACUGUGGCCAUGGAGGACAAGCAAGAAGUACAAGUCAAAGUAGGCAACAUGCCUGAAGAACUCUCUGGAGUUGUAUCUAAAAUAUCAGUUCAUGAAAGAAUGAAGAAAAAAGAAGAUCACUCUGAAAGCAGAAUUGAAGAUACAAGCUCUCAAAAAGACCUUACUGAAGCAGAGAAUCUUAAGAGCACUUUUUCUCACAGAGAAUCUAGUCCAAGUGGCAUUACUGAAUACUUGCACAAAAAAGACAUGGAGGUUCUAACCAGUGACCCUAGCAAUCCAUCUCUCACCAAGGCUUCACAAGAAAAAGCACCAGAAAAUAGAGGCAAGAUGGCAAGAGAUGAAGAGGUAAUAAGACAGUCGGUAUUUGUCAAACAAGCAGAAGUUGAACUGAGCAUCCCAAGAGACGUAAAAGAAGAAAACAUUAAUGAUAAGGCUCCCAUAGAAGAAAUUCUAAAGAAGGAAGGCAAAGAGAAGUCUGAAGAUGGCAAGAUCCAUGAAACAAUAUGUACAGACCAGAAUGGCGAAACCAAAGUUCAAGAAAGAGAAGACCAGUUUGUUGUCUUAUCUACUGAACAGGCAACUGUAGGGAGAUGCAUUAGAGAUGACACCGAAGAGCUUGAUGCCGCUUCUAAUUUUGUACUCAAACUCAAAGAGAACAGCCAUGUGAAGACUGAUUUGGUGUCUGAAGCACAGAUUCAGACAAAUGAAGAAACAGAAAGCACAAAUAUAGAGGAUGCCGGUAGUAGAAAUCAGAAUCUUGAUCUUUCAUCUGAUAUCCAGCAUCUAGCCAAAGAGAUACCAACAAUAGAUGGCACUUUGAAUGUUCCAGAAGUCAUUGAAAUCUCCCAGAACAUUGAGAUACUCGAAGAGGCCUCUGGUGGAAUAUCUCAAGAAAGGAUCUUGAGAAAAGAAGCUUCAGUUAAGGGCACAGGGACAAAGAUUCCAACUGAAGACAGAAACAUUACAUCUGUGCCACAGCAUACUAUUGAGAAGACCUUACAAGAAGCAGAAGUGACAUAUCAGAGACCUGGAGAAAUUUCAGGAACUGAGCCAGAAGAGAAGGCAGUGGAAUAUGGAACAAAGAAUGGAGUGGUUGAUGAAGCUGGAGAAACAAUUGAAGAGGUCAAGCCUUCAGAUACAGAUAAGGUUUCAUUAUCUGAUCUCCUACGGAGACCCACAAAAGAAACUUUGCAGAUGGUUGCCCAGGAUACAAAGCCACCAGGCAAUGAUGACCAAUUGGAAAAUAAAGAGGAACAAACCAUGCAAGUGGAAGAAGAGAAAACAGAUGAAGAAGAGAAAGAUGAUGAGGAAGAAGAAGAUGAACACAGAAAGGCAGACUCAAGUUCUGAUGCCCCACUCCUGGUAGAAGCCUCUAGAGAUGUGGAUGCUAAACGAACCCAUAAAAAAUCUCAUAACAUACUGUCAGGUGUUGGGUCCAAGGUCAAGCACUCAAUUGCCAAGGUGAAAAAAGCAAUCACUGGUAAGUCCUCCCAACCAAAGCCAGCAUUGCCCAAAUGAGCGAGCAGAUGACUGUUGGCAGUUGAAACCAAGUGAAUGGAGGAUCUAGUUUGAAAUCAUUUCAGUGGUAUAUUUACUAGUAGUAUUUUGUUGGUCUGAUGUUUUCCUGAGGUCUGAGCACAGUACUUGUACAUUUUCUGUUUAAGUGUCAACCACCAUAUUGUAUGAGUGUAUUAGCUUUAGUUUGUACAUACGACUACAUGGGCACCUUCUACACUAUUUAUUCUAUUAUUGC